AUGUCAAGAUUUUGGGAAAUCGAGGAUGUUCGUCUUGGUUCUAACUUAUCAGAGGAAGAGGCAGUCGUCGAAGAACAUUUCAAGCAGACUCAUGCCAGGAAUGAGUGCGGUCGUUACGUGGUGCGACUUCCUUUCAACAACAAAAAGUGUCAACUUGGUGAUUCUUUCGUUGGGGCGAAGAAGCGUUACGAGCGGCUGAUGAUCUCCUUAUCGAAAAAUCCUGAAAGGCGAAUGCAGUAUUCCGAGUGUAUGGCAGAGUACCUCGCUCUUGGUCAUAUGAAGCAAGUUGAUGAUCCCAGCGAAGACGGGUAUUAUAUACCACACCACGCGGUGUAUAAGGCAUCUAGUUCGACUACGAAGACGAGAGUUGUUUUCGAUGUUCAAGCAAAAACGACUUCGGGAGUAUCGCUGAAUGACACUAUAAUGGUUGGACCCACCGUCCAAAGUGACUUGAUUGAAGUAAUAUUGCGAUUCUGUGGUCAUCAAGUGGUACUGACAGCUGAUGUUCCGAAAAUGUACCGACAGGUCGGUAUGCAUCCGGAAGACUGCAAGUAUCAUCGGAUUUUGUGGUGCAACGAACAGAACGAGAUGAAGAUAUUUGAGCUGCAGACAGUUACGUAUGGCGUAGCAAGUUCACCGUAUCACGCAACGAAGGCGCUGAUGCAGUUGGUUGCAGAUGAAGGCGAGCAGUUUCUUUUCGCUUCUUCGGUAAUCCAGAAGGACAGCUAUGUUGACGAUUUUCUGACCGGUGGCGAAACAGUGAUGAAAGUAAAAGCCAUGUACAAUGAGCUUUCUAUGCUAUUGAGCCGAGGAGGAUUUGGUGUUCAUAAAUUCUGCUCGAACAGCCAUGAAGUACUUGCAGCGAUUCCAGAAGAGCUUCAAGAGCAACAAGUCUGUUUUGAGGAAUCUGGGAUUAAUAAUACAAUCAAGACUCUUGGUUUGAUUUGGAAUCCUUAUCAAGAUUAUUUCGCUUUCCACGUCCAACCGGUAACCAAAGAACGUGUGUCGUCCACAAAACGUGCAGUAUUAUCGGAUAUUGGUCGGCUUUUCGAUCCGUUGGGAUUACUGGGACCGAUAAUUGCAUUGGCCAAGAUGAUCAUGCAAGACAUUUGGCGUCUCAGACUGGACUGGGAUGAAACACUUCCGGAUGAGUUGAUGCAUCAUUGGCAAAAUUUCCGUGAAGAAUUACCAGCAAUUAACAUCAAGCAGAAACGACGUUGUGUUGUUCAAAGCAAGGCUACUUGGAUCGAACUACACGGCUUUAGUGAUGCCUCCAAGCGGGCGUACGGAGCAGUAGUCUACAUUCGGAGCAUAGCAGCAGAUGACACAGUGGAAGUAAAUCUGGUUGCUAGCAAAUCCAGAGUAGCACCAUUGAAGCCGUUAACAAUUCCACGUCUUGAGUUGUGCGGCGCCAAGUUGUUGGCAGAGUUGGUGCAGAAAGUUACAACGUCGAUGGCGCUCCAUUUCAAUGAAGUUAAUUUGUGGUGUGAUUCGCAGAUCGUAUUAUGUUGGUUGAAGAAAUCUCCGUUGGCGUUGAACCAAUUUGUGGCCAAUCGAGUAGCAGCUAUAUUGGAGCUCACGCCAGGCUGCAGUUGGAACUAUGUUCGAUCCGAAGAGAACCCAGCUGAUGUCAUUUCGAGAGGUGCAAUGCCGAAUGAUUUGUUGCAGAAUGAAAUGUGGUGGAACGGUCCAGAAUUUCUGUGGCAACAAGCAUACGAUGUGCAAGAACUGGAAGCAUUUGAAGAAAAACAGUUGCCGGAACUGAAAAUAGUGAAGAGUUUAGCAGUUAUCAGCAAAGUUCCGUCAAUUUCGUUUGAUCGCAUAAGCGAUUAUAGAAAGCUACAAAGAGCGUGGGUGUAUGUGCUGCGAUUCAUUCACCUAAAGAAAGAAAAGAUGAACUCAGUCAAGCGACAUGGUCUGUCCAACCUGGCUCCGUUCAUCGGAGAAGAUGGCCUCAUACGAGUUGGAGGUCGCCUGAAAUAUUCGGCGAUACCAUAUGAUGGUAAACAUCAGGUGCUAAUUCCGGAGAAGCACCACGUGACAGUAAUAUUAAUAAGGAAGCUACACGAAGAGAAUCAUCACGUCGGUCAAGGAGGAAUGCUGGCCAUCGUACGAGAGCGUUACUGGCCAGUGAAGGUGAAAACGAUCAUCAAGAAAGUGAUAUCAAUGUGUCAAAUUUGUGGAAGAUGCAAUCCAGCCAUAGGAAACAAGGUCUGUGGAGUGCGGAGUGAUAUAUUUUCGGACGACGGAACAGCAUUCGUAGGUACCAAACACGAACUGGUGGCACUAAGGCAAUUGUUUGAAGAUCAGCAGCAUCAGAAGAAGGUCGAGGAAUUUUGUGCAGUAAAAGGCAUUUGCUGGCACUUCAUUCCACCGAGAAGUCCUCAUUUCGGAGGUAUUUGGGAGGCUGGUGUUAAAUCUAUGAAAUACCACCUCAAACGAGUUGUCGGUGAAGUGAAAUUGACAUUUGAAGAGUUGACAACAUUCUUGGCGCAAACGGAGGCGAUACUGAAUUCGCGACCAUUGAUACCAGUAUCCGAUGAUCCCAACGACAUGUCGGUUCUAACCCCAUUCCAUUUUCUGAUUGGGCGUUUGGGAUUGACAGUUCCGGAACCGGCAUUACACGACGAGAAGGUGGGUCGACUGAGUAGAUGGCAACAUAUUCAAUUGAUGCAACAGCAUUUUUGGUCCCGAUGGUCCAAGGAAUAUCUGCAUCAAUUGCAAACCCGACACAAGUGGAACAGCGGUGUGAAGCAGGUCCAUAUUGGCGCAUUAGUACUGCUACUGGACGAAAAUCUGCCCCCACAGCAAUGGAGACGAGGACGGGUUAUUGCAGCUCAUCCUGGUGACGACGGAGCG